GGCCAUAUGGAAGACGUUGAGGGAAUGGACUCAGAAAAAUGCGAUCUGUUGAGAGUAAAUUAUAGAAGAGACACACAUGAGUUUGCAAAGGGUGACAGCCACUACCAACUUCGCCGUGAGUUGUGCGAUGAGGGAGUUAUGGACCACGUAACAUUGGAUUUAGCCUUGAAUAAGUCGUUCGAUGGAGGCGGUCGAGGCAAGUACUAA